CAACUUUCUGUUUCCUGUCUCCCAGUCUAGUUAAAAUAUUUUUUUCCAUGUAGCACAAUUUAUAUGAGAAGAUAUUUUUCCAGGUGGCUUGGAAAUUAUUGGCUUUGGCAACUCUCUCUCUCUUUUUUUUUUUUUUUAAGAUUUACUUAUUGGGGCGCCUGGGUGGCUCAGUAGGUUAAACAUCUGCCUUCAGCUCACGUCAUGAUCCCAGGGUCCUGGGAUGGAGUCCCGUGUCAGGCUCCCUCCUCAGCGGGAAGUCUGCUUCUCCCUCUGACCCUCACCACCUCUUAUGUUCUCUCACUCUCUCAAAUAAAUAACUAAAAUCUUUAAAAAAAAAAAUGUAAAAAAAAAAAGUUGGAUGCUUAGCCCCCUGGAGCCCCCAGGGUGCCCCUCCCCACCGCAAGUCAAGCCUUUAGAUGGCUCAGCUUUCCCUACUCUCUCGACUGCGAAUUCCUGAGAGACCCUGAGCGGGAACCACCGCGGCCAAGCUGCUCCUGGCUUCCUGACCCACAGAAACCAUGAGAUCGUAAAUGUUUCUUGCUUGAGGUCUCUGAGUUGGGGGAUAAUUUGUUACAGGGCCUGGGUGGCUAACACGUUAGCUGUGUGAUGCUGGGCAAGUCCCAUCGCCUGUGAAGCUGGGUUCCCUCCCUUGGGCCACCGCACUUAAGAGCAGUAAGUGACGCACGGGUGAAAUGCCACAGGCCAUGUGGAGCACAGCGCUGACCGCCCCCACGCAGGCUGUGUAUAUACGGCAGCCUUUCAGCCUCUCCUAGCAUGGUUAUCAUCCUCCUGUCCCUCCUCGGGUGGAACAUGACCUCACAAUGUCAAGCCAAGCAUCGCAUUCUUGGCCAGCGACAGAGGCACUGGGCAGGGAAAGGAGAGAUAAGAGCCAGGGGCUGUCCCUCUUCUUCGUCCAGCCAGAGUGCCCGUGAACUGUGCGGGGCCAGGUGAGUCCAUGUCCCCUCCUGCUUGCUGUCCCAGGAUCUGCAGCCGGACCUGACCCAUGGCAGGGGUGCCCUGCCUCUCGCUAGGUGAGAGGGGUGGCCUGGCCUGGCUUUUGGCUUGCACAAUGGCUGCCAUCGAGGCCCCAUGAGAACUGAGUACUGUUCUUGUUCCUCUUUCCGAGGCUGCUCCCUGCCCUGCCCCCGCUGCCUGCUCAGCGGCUUUCCGCAGGCCUCCAGCCUGCCCCUCUCCCCUCACACCUUCCCCUGAGGCCACAGAGGAUGCCUGCCCCACCUGCUGCUCCAGGGGGCUGUAGGAUUCCCCGCGGACUUCUCCCUCUCGGUUUUUCCCCCUCCCUGUUGGUCUUUGAAUUCCCGAAGAACUACACAGCCUUGCUUUGGUGUAAGUGACUCUGAAAAAAGAAAAAAAAGAAAAGCUGAAGACUUCAGUUUGGUUCAUAUUCUGUGACUUGCCUCUUUACCUUCACUCUCCGUUAGACCUUUACCCUCUUCUUUCCAGUAGCUGCAUCGAAUUCUCCAGGAUGAACGUACCAUAAUUUAUUUUACCAUUCUCUUGUUGAUAAAUAUUUUGGUUCUUUUUUUUCUUUUUCUCUUUUAUUAUUUGCUUCAGGUUAAAGUUACGCCGUCACGAACAUUCUUGCGCAGUUUUACCUUCGUGAGUGAGAGCUUCUUAGAAUCUCCGGGAAGAAGAUACACCCACUUUAUUAAUUUUUAUUUGCAUCAAUGUUUAAGAAGCCAGAUAGUUGUAAAAAGGCUUGUAGGGGCGCCUGGGUGGCUCAGUCGUUAAGCGUCUGCCUUCGGCUCAGGUCAUGAUCCCAGGGUCCUGGGAUCGAGCCCCGCAUCGGGCUCCUGGCUCAGCGGGGAGCCUGCUUCUCCCUCUCCCUCUGCUUGUGUGCACCCCCCCCUUUCUCUCUCAUAUAAAUAAAUAAAAAUAAAGAAUAAAAUAGAAAUAAAAAGGCUUGUAAUGCAGAACAGCAGCCGGUGCCUCACCUCUCCCCCCUCCUCACAUCCCACUUACUACUGGUUUAAAUGUUCUUUUUGCUGUGUAUGUCUAUCUUUCUAACGAAUAUUCUCCCACUUUAUGUCUGGACUCAUCACUUACAGCCAUUAUCUAGUGCCUGUCUGUUAGAAGAGGUGAGGAUUCAGCUGUCUCAUGCCCCCUCUCCUCUGGGUCCUUCUGAGGUAAAGGGUGAUGAUUACUGGUUGAAUCCGUGCACCUGUAUUAUGACUGUAAAUAUCCCUCACAGCUGCGAAGAGUGAGGCGCCUGGUAAACGGUGAUUUUGCUUCCUUCCUGAUAGGGCUCUUCCUCUGGAGUUUUCUUGUCUCUCUGUCGCUUCUUAAUUCAGUUUUUUUAUGUGGCGAAAGCCAUGAGAGGAUCUAUCAUUUUCAGCUUCUUUCUGGAGCCCUCCGAAGCCUGCUUCCCUUGGGUCUGUGUGCUCCUUGUUCUUAUCCUGGGAUUUCUCCUCAUUAUCCAUUUAAAAUUUUAAAAUUGCACCUUUCCCCCAGGCACUCCUGAGGCCCCACUGAUUUUCUUUCUUCCCCAUAGCACUAACUGCCUUCUAACAUCCGGGAAGAUUUGCUUAUUCAUUUGUCUCUCCCACCCUGCCUCCCGCCUGUGGCAUCGGAGUUUCAUGAGGGCAGAGAUUUUUGUGUUUUGCUCGCCAGGGAAUUGUCAACGUCUAGCACGGUGCCUGGCACGGAGGGGAGACUGAAUCCAUACUCGUAUGACACUGUUCCAAUUCAGUCCAGCGUGGUGUUAUGUGCUUGCCCAUCCCCAUCAAUGGUGAGGACCCAGACUGAGUCCGGCAUAGCCCCUGGCAUUCCCAGCGGUGGUAGCAGACAGGGCCCCACCAUGGACAGCACCGCGGCUGAGGCCCGGCCGAGCACCAACUCACUGCAGCACACCACACAGCCGCCACCACAGCCUCGGAAGAAACGGCCUGAAGACUUCAAGUUUGGGAAAAUUCUUGGUGAAGGCUCUUUUUCCACAGUUGUCCUGGCCCGAGAACUGGCAACCUCAAGGGAAUAUGCUAUUAAAAUUCUAGAGAAACGUCACAUUAUCAAAGAGAACAAGGUCCCGUAUGUAACCAGAGAGAGAGACGUGAUGUCACGCCUGGAUCACCCGUUCUUUGUUAAACUUUACUUCACAUUUCAGGAUGAUGAAAAGCUGUACUUUGGUCUUAGUUAUGCCAAAAAUGGAGAACUCCUUAAAUACAUUCGCAAAAUUGGCUCAUUCGAUGAGACGUGCACCCGGUUUUACACGGCCGAGAUGGUGUCAGCUCUGGAGUACUUGCAUGGCAAGGGCAUCAUUCACAGGGACCUGAAACCAGAAAACAUUUUGUUAAAUGAAGACAUGCACAUCCAGAUCACAGAUUUCGGAACAGCAAAAGUACUAUCCCCGGAGAGUAAACAAGCCAGGGCCAACUCGUUUGUAGGAACAGCCCAGUAUGUGUCUCCAGAGCUGCUCACAGAGAAGUCGGCCUGUAAAAGUUCAGACCUUUGGGCUCUCGGAUGUAUAAUAUACCAGCUUGUGGCAGGACUGCCGCCUUUUCGAGCGGGAAAUGAAUAUCUUAUAUUUCAGAAGAUCAUUAAGUUGGAGUAUGACUUUCCUGAAAAAUUCUUCCCUAAGGCAAGAGACCUUGUGGAAAAACUUUUGGUUUUAGAUGCCACGAAGCGAUUAGGCUGUGAGGAAAUGGGAGGGUACGGCCCCCUGCGAGCUCAUCCGUUCUUUGAAUCCAUCACGUGGGAGAACUUGCAGCAUCAGACGCCUCCGAAGCUCACCGCCUACCUGCCAGCCAUGUCGGAGGAUGACGAGGACUGCUACGGAAACUACGACAACCUCCUGAGCCAGUUCGGCUGCAUGCAGGUGUCCUCGUCCUCCUCCUCCCACUCCCUGUCCGCCUCGGAUGCAGGCCUGCCGCAGAUGGCGGGCAGCAACAUCGAGCAGUAUAUCCAUGACCUGGACACUAAUUCUUUUGAACUGGACUUAGAGUUCUCUGAAGAUGAGAAGAGGUUGUUACUGGAGAAGCAGGCCAGUGGAAACCCUUGGCAUCAGUUUGUAGAAAAUAACUUAAUACUAAAGAUGGGUCCCGUAGAUAAGCGAAAGGGCUUGUUUGCACGACGACGACAGUUACUGCUCACAGAAGGGCCACACUUGUAUUAUGUGGAUCCUGUCAACAAAGUCCUCAAAGGCGAAAUUCCAUGGUCGCAAGAACUCCGACCAGAGGCCAAGAACUUUAAAACCUUCUUUGUGCACACGCCGAACAGGACGUAUUACCUGAUGGACCCAAGUGGGAAUGCUCACAAAUGGUGCAAAAAGAUCCAGGAAGUGUGGAGACACAGAUACCAGAGCCACCCGGAUGCCGCCGUGCAGUGACAGGUCUGCGGCUGCCACAGUCGCUGCCAGGACACUUGCCCCAGCGCGGCUCACCGCCCUCCGGGACGCUUCCAGACCACCUGCCAGCCAUCUCAAGGGGGACGCAGACGGCAGAACCUUGCAGCUUUUUUAUUUAAAAGAAAAGAAGAAAAAAAUACCCAACCACACAAAGAACAAAACCAAUAACGAAAAGGAAUUCAGGGUCGCUUUGCUUGCUCUCUGUGCUCUGUGGAGGUUCCCCAAGCUCUCCUUGUCUUGGGGACCCAGCGCCGUGCACGUCCACCUGAUUCCCGCCCGGGCGAGUGGAACAGACUCGAGUCACCAGCUCUGCACCACACGCCCUGGUCAUGCACCGGCCGGUCCUCCUGUGGCCGAGGGGAUGGGGUGUGUGUCUGGGCUCUUCUUGCCCCUAGGUUAUCACAGAACCCGUCGGCAGGGAGCCAUGCACGCCUCUGCCAGGGUGGCUUCGAUCUCUGGCGGGUGGGAGGGUUCCUGGCUUUGGUCUGUGUACUUCUUUUCUUGUGUCCCUUACUUGAUGCCCCUUUGCCCUGCCAGGGCCCCUGCUUGCCUUCUUGCAUCGCUCUGGCUGUGAGCACUCCAUGGCUUGUGUUCGUUGGGCAGGCUCCAGGUGUGGAGAUGUGGAGCGGGCUGUCGGGGUGUGCUAUGGAGCCGCUGCUGAGGUUGGAGGGUGCCAGCAGGCCGUUCGCAUUGAACGUCCCUCUGAGCGGGGUUGGCCCUGUGGAGCUCGAAAGAAGCACAGGUCUGAAAAGAGCACCCAGUUGCGCCAGGAGACAGGGAAGGCUGUGCCCUGCUCUGGGCACGAGGCCAGGGCAGCAGGGCAGACUGGGCCUGGCGUCCCCCACGUGGGGGAGUGCUGCCUGAUGAGCCCCUCCUGAGAGUUUGGUCCGAGGGUGGAACAUGCAGGCCCCCCGGCGCAGUUUGCUAGGGCUGAGGGUCUCUGGGCACCAGCCGUCUCCCAGCUGUGACACGCACCCCUUUCGUGGUGAGGGAACAUUCUUGUAGCCUGACUUCCAGCACGUUCACAUCUCCACAGUGAAAGUCUGAAAGCCUUCUCAUGCUGCCAGGUCAUUUAUCCCCAUCAAGAUGUGGACCUUGCCAGGAAGAAAAUGUUGCUCACCUUGCAUGAGGGGUAGGAACACCACACUGGAGUCUGAGCGCCCAGCCUGCUCGCCCCCUGUGCUUUCAGCCUGCCUGCCUCUCUCUUUUCAGAGGCAGCACAGUGCUGCAUACCUACCGCAGGGGGUCCACGAUUUACUGCUCCUUUGAUUUCUUUGCUGCUGCUCCCUGGACAGAGAAAGCCUGUGGGCCUGGUGGGGCUCGGAGCUCCUCUCCCUGCCCGUGUCCCUUGAGGGCAGUCCGCAGCCCCAGGUGGGCGCGGUAGAGGCACCGCUGCCUGCAGGCUGCUCACAGACUCAUAUCUGUCCCCAGGGGAUGAACAACUUUGCCGUUUCCUGGAGACUUUCACGAAGGCACCAGUAGAAGGCUCACACAGGAGAGGUCCCCCCGACCACUCUGCCUCCAUCUCCUGUCUUGAACAAAGCAUCCGUCACCCCGUGUUGACGAGUGGUCCAAAUCGGAGAAAAGAUGUCUUUCUCAAAUGGGUUUAGUGAUAUGAGUGGCCCUUGUGUCAACCCGGUGAGGGGAGUGUGGCUGUGGAGCUGCCCCUGCUGGGCCGGACAGGGGGCCGGACAGGAGCGGAGGUGGGGCGGGGAGUACCGGCGGCUUCCUUUUGGGUCUUGUGCACUGCUCUAUGAGAGCUGCGCGUGCAUGAGUGAGCGAGGGUGCGUGUGCGCGCGUGCCCAUGCCGGGGCGGGUGCCAAGCUGUGGGGGGCGUGCCUGCCCUUGGGGCACCCAGGGGAGUGGGAUGCUGCCGGGGCCAGGGUCAUAGGUCACGCUUCCCUCUUCUCGCUUUUGAAGAGGCUUGCCUGUGUUCACCUGCUUUUCAAAAAUUAAGUCUCUCUGGGCCUUCAGGAAUGUCAUUUCCAGCUUACUCCCAUGUUGAUCAUUUAACCUUUCUUAGAACACCCGCGUCUGUGGGCGUGCUGUUUGGAGAGUUGGGGGCUGCUCUUGCACAGUGUUCUUCCUUGGGUCCGGUUAUGGGGAAACGAGCAGGGCUGGCGUUUGGCUCUCACAAGAGCGCUCGGCUGGGCUGCUCCGGGAGAGACGCAGCGUCUGCUGCAUUCCUCUCUGGACAGCGCCACUACCUCCUGGGCUUCACCCGCCAGCUCCAUCGUAACCUCCGGGACCAGAGAAUGAGGGGUUCAGGGUUCAGCUCGCAGCUGACAGAGUUGAAGUGACUGCCCUUGCCUGAGCCAGUGACAGCUGAGCCCUUCUCCCUUCGCCACCUUUCUCCUCUCAGAGCCUUCUUCCCCCCUUCUCUUUUUUUUUUUAAGGCACAUACAUGUUCUUUUCCUACCCUGUGCUUGUCCAUGUCGGCUUUCGUUGUAUGCAGCUUGUCCUUAGAGUGCCUGUCCCCGGUGCAGGUGCCUUGCCUUCUAAGAUGUGGGCAUGGCUGUCAAUCGAGUAUGUACCAGACAUACAUGGAAGUACAGGUGAUUUAUCCACACUGAGAAAGAAAGUGUUCUGUUGACUAGAUUCAGGAGCCAUGUGUCUUAGUGAGGGCCAGGAGAAGGUUCAGUGCCAACCACAUAGCCGGCACGUAGAGCUGGUCCCAUACCAUGUGGCCUCGCCGGGCAUGGAGGGGAGGGGGUGGGGCUGUGGCCUCCACAGGCUCAGGUGGCCCACUGCGCCUUGUCCCUCUCUGGGAACUCCAGGAAGCCAGGCUUGGGUGGGGCUGUUUCCUUCCCUCUUUCUGUGGACCUGACCAGGACAGUGGGCGAUGGGUCGUGUAGCAGGUGGCCCCGUGAGGUGCACAAAGGCACUGCACCUGCUGUUCUGAACCUUGGCUCUCAGGAGUGUGUUACAGACCUGCUUUGCGGGAGAUGCCUCUCGCGGCUGUGCCGGAGCUGGUGGGCCCCGCAUGUUCUCCAGGCCCCUACUGCCGCCCUUUGGUAUUUGUGGCUGGGGCCUGUAGGCAUUGCAGGAGUUGCCCCGUGGCACAAACUCACCGAGGGCCAGGUGCCAGCCCAGGGGCUCCAGGUGGUUCUGUACUUUCUUAAAACAUUUGCUUUCUGAGAACAUCAACUGUAGGCUUACCACCCAGAAGAGACCACUGUGAACAUUUUGGUGUAUAACCCCCCCACCCCCCAUGCACAUAUUUGUUUGCUUUUUAAACUAAAGUGGGAACAUGAAACACACACUGUUCUGCAUCUAGCUUGUUUCACUUGAUAAUUUAUCUUAGGCAUUUUUCCACAUCAUGAACAAUGAUUAAAAACAUUGUUUUUAGUGAUUGUAGAGCUUAAUAUGGUUAUCAGUUUUAUCGUAACUUAUCUGACCAUUUUCCUGUUAUAAAACAUUUAGAUGGUUUCUGGUUUUUCACUAUUUAAAUAAUGCUGUGAUGAAUACCCUCGUAAAUCUUUGAUUUUGACUCUGAUCGCCCCCCACCCUUGGUUCCUAGAAGUAGUGUUUUGGGGUCACAAAGAGUUUGUUUUAAAGGUGGUAUUAGUCUCUCUUCCUGUCUUCAUCUGAGGCUUAGAUGCUCAGAGUUCCAGCACACAACCUCCUCAGUUGUCCUACAGAUUCUGGACAAAUCAGUUUCUGCUAAGGUGUGUGUUCCAAAGAAUGUUUUAAUAAGACUGCUCUUUUUUUUUUCCCCACAAUGCUAAAAUAUCAUUUAUUGCAGUCCGUUUGUGACAGAUUUUUCCAAAAAUGCAUUUCCUUAUUUUCAUUGACAGAAUCUGGUUAUGCUUGCAUGUUAGUUACCUUCCCAUCCCUGCUGCUGUGGCUUUCACAUGCUUGGUGAUAUUUUCAGAAGCUUGUACUUUGUGUCCACAAUGGUACUGAAUUUGCAUCUGCACAGGCAGCAGAGAUAAAAAGUGUUGAACUGACCUUGCCACAUGCAUAGUGGAUGAUUUGUAAUUAAGUGUGUGUAGACUCUGAAAAUACAUUGGGCCAUUUGGAAUCAGUAAAAGAGCAAAAUCUCUAAUUGAGAAAGAGACCAUGUAGGCAGUUGGGUUUAACAUAAGGUUAUUUGCCCCUAUGCUCUUCAAAUGGUGGCACUCAGUAGGAAGGUCUUAGCAGUUAGUAGAGCGCAGUGGCCAGGCCUUUUCACUGUAGAGGGUGAUUGUCCUGGCCCACGUGGCUUUCGGGACUCCUCCCCUGUCCUCCCUCACAGUGUUGCAGGUUGUCUGGCUGUCUUCAAACCCAGAACACCCAAUUUGGUUUCAUUCCUGAUUUCUCCACUUUAGUUUGGGGUCCAUUGAUUCUGAGAGGAGAGGUGCGUGAGAGAUUUUUUAGGUGCUGUGCUCAGUGUCACUUGAGUCUGCCAGAGAUUUUUGGCUGGAUUGUGGAGAAUUGGACUUCCUGCCCUCCUCUGACACCCCAGGUUCCCUGUCCCCUGUCCGGUCCACAGACAGGGUGCUCACUCCCCAGACCGCAGAGGUUGCAGCCGCUUGCCAGAAUAUGAUGCAGGUACUAUUCUUAGAGAUGUCGCCAUGUGCAUUUUUCCACAUUGUUUCUUUUCAUCCAAAGCUCACAUGAGCUGACAGUGACUCAGGUGGGUGUGGCCCUUCCCACUUAGGCAGCCUAUAUGGCAAGUGCCCUAAAUCAGGGCAGGAGUCACUUCCAGAGCUUCUGAGGGGGGCAGGCUGCUGGCCCAAGGUUGUGGAGUUGCAAAUCAGGCUGCCUGUGGAGAACUGGUUUGGGGAAGGAGCUGUUCCAGCCAAGAGCAGUUUUAUCUGUAGCUCGGACAGCUGUGAUGGGCAACUGAACUAGCCUACAUGUAUACCUGAAUUUUCCCCAGAACCCACUUCUUCAGUGUGAAGAGACACCAAACUUCGCGAACAGAGAACUUUUUACAAAAGGCAGACCUUUUUUUAGCGUGUGAUCCACCCUAGUCCCAACCAAUCUGGCAGAAUGAUUUUUGAAUAGGGGUCGUUUUGCUGGUGAAAAGCCUCUCUAUCCUUAUCAGAAGUUUGAUUGGACAUUGACAAAAAUAAAUUUUUGCAUUAUUUAGAACUGCUGUAGCUGUUCCUUAACACAAAAUCGGAUGAAUCAAUAGUAUGUUAGCUGUCUUUCAGGUUGGUGGCAGUCAGUUAGAACAUGUGUAAAAUUCUCUACCUGGUCUGUAGCUGUAACUGUGAUGUACAGGCAAAGCAAAAAUUUAAAACUUAUGAAAACAAAUAAUGCAAUGAUAUUAGGAUAUACACUUUUGUAUUUUUAUUCUUAUAUAAGGUUAUUUGCUGGCUAUUGUUGGCCUCUAGUUCAGUCUGUGUUAUUUAAAAUCUAAUAUAUGAAUUAUUUGGAUUGAAUUCAUGUUCGGGGCCACGUUGUUGUAUGUAUUGAUGUACAGCCUUGAAUGUGAAUAAUUAUUGUAAACUAUAUUUUACAACUUUUUUUCUGGCUUUAUUAUAUAAAUUUUCUAUUUGGUCAAUGAUUUAAUCAUAUAAUUUAAUGAAUCUGUUUCUUCUCUUUUUUUCAAAUACUUGUGCUUUAGAUGUAGUUACUGGAUGAUGAAUUUUCCACGUAUGCUCGGUAGUCUUGUAAUAAAAAGCAUGUAGAGUGUA